GGCAGACAGGUCCAACUAACGGUACAUUCUGAACGAUGAAUAUUGACGACGAUUUUGAGAGAUUUUGUCAGAUUGCUCAGCGUUCACCACGGACCAGUCUAUCACCCACUGAACACUACACCGAUGGACGUGCUCAGCGAGGUGAAUAUUUGUGCAACCCGGAAGACGGUCAAGUGAAGCGUUCGUCUAGUUUCCGGGAAUCUCGUGGAUACCUGAACAUGCCGGGAGAGCGUUCACGUGAAGAUAUCAGUGGUGCACGUUCUCCAGUGUCAUCCGGCCGACAGAUGCCAUAUCCCUUAGAACGGCGAAAUAUUGGUGACUUCCAUCGAUCAUCCAUUUCUCAUCAGCGUAUUCCACGCGAGUUCAUUGAUAAGCAGAAUGGAACGGAGGUUGCCGAUAUGUAUGAUGAGUACAACCCUGAGACAUAUCAGCAUCCUCAAGCUUUUCACCAGGGGGAAGGAAGACAUCAAAGAAACCGUGCGGGUUCAAUGAAAGAAACUGGGCAAAAACAUCCGAACAAGGUUGGCUACCGCCCCUCUGCCCCAACGUUGUACACGUCAACACUGUCACCCACGUAUGCUAUUGAUCCUCAUUCUCCAAGCCGACUCUCCAGUAAUUCCGCGGAGGAUAAUGUGAUUAGGGUACGCCGGUUUCAAAGGAAGAAAAGUGGUCAGCUGAUUCGUAAAGGAGACCAAAACUUGCCUCAGACCGAUGUUUACCGAGCUCCUGAAAUGUACCAAAAUGUAGGUCGGAGUGUACGCCCGGGAACCACUCACUAUCCCACAAUCUGCACGGACGAAGUGAGCGAUCGUUCUGAUUUAUCUCUCAGUGAUAGUGAGGUGGUGGAAGUACCCGCUAUAACCACUACACUGGUGAAUCCAGCUGAAUUCGACCAAACAGGACCCAUACCUUUACGCCCACCCAGUUCUGGGCUACCAUCUCCGAAUGCCCUGCGACCAGAAUUUCGGAAUCGAUCCAGAUCAUGGGCCUUUGUUUCCCAACCAAGCCCUGGUUCACCUGCCUCCUACUCCUCUCCCUCUGACUCGUUUCCAUCAAAUGAAAUACUUACCGUGCAAGUUUUGGGAAUGGGUCGAGUUGGUAAAACUAGCCUGUGCUUGCAAUUUCAAACGUCUGAGUCGUUAGACGUCAACCUGGAUCGGACCGAGGACGAACAAACGCGGGCACUAACAGUGGAGGUUAACAACAUGAAGUUCAACCUGGAACUUUUUGACACAAAUCUUAUGGAAGAUGAUUUUCAGACUAAUGCUGCCUCACUGAUCGUUGAGUCGGCUGACGCCUACGUUGUAGUGUAUGCAAUCGAUGACCGUUCUUCCUUCCUCAUGGCACGAUCUAUUGUGAGCUAUCUACUUGGUCAAUGCAAACGUUCCAGUGCAAUACUGCUUGCUGCUAACAAAUCAGACCUGGUGCGGACGCGAGCGGUUUCAGUGGAGGAGGGAAAAAAUCUUGCAACGGUCUACAAUUGUCCAUUCUACGAAAUUUCUACAUCACUUAACCAUCGUGUGGAUGAACUGCUGGUGGGCAUUGUAAUAGCCAUCCAAGAACGUCGGCGGGAGGUUGACAAAGAACGUGAUCGAUUGGAGAAGAUGGCAAUGAACACAAAGCACAGUUCACUUGGUGCGACAGCUCAUCGGAGUUCUCUUGGUGCAAUCAAAUCGCAGACUAAUAAUGUUGUGAAAUUUUUUCAGAAACACUUCAGUAAAAAAGACAAACGUUCCAAUACAUUAUUAUGACAAGGAAGGAGACUAAAUACGUUCGAUUACCAAAAUGAUAUUUGACUAGUAUGGCCUGAACCUCACUACUGGUUUGGAAUCACUGGUUAAAUUUGUGUGAUACAAUUCACUUUUCUCAACGAUUGUCGAAAACCUCAUGACAAGGAUUGUAAGCAACUAUGCUUCUAGUGGUUGUUGGCUGUCCCCAGAUCAGUCUUCGAUUGCUGGUUCCCGUUGUUUUUCAUCUAGUUCUGUAUUUCCUCAAUUUUCCUAAAUUAAAUGGGGAUUAUGGAUGGCAUAAUUAAACAGCAACAUUACGGAUUCCAUUUUCCACCCGUGAGCAUUUCAG